AUGAGCUACAACCCGCUAGGUGGCUACGGCCAGAGCGGACACCCAGAGGAAGAAACCCAACAGAACCCCUUCAUGAAUCACCGACACUCGCCAGAUCGCUACAACCGCAGUCCUGCGUACCAGCUGCAGGAUGCGCCAUAUCGACACGAUGAGCCUCUCGAGAUCCCCGUGGGCCCAGGACCUUUCGCGCAGCACUCCACCGAUCGACUCGCAGCGCAGCCCACGUACGAAGUGACGAACAUGCCAGGCACAUACGGCCACAAUCAGCGAUAUGACGAUGCACAUGAGCAUGGCUACACACCCAAUCCUUUUCAGCAGGCGGCGCAUCAGGAUCGCGGCGAGUAUAACCUCAGUCCGCGCUACGAGCACGACGAUUAUGUAGGAGAGCACGCAUACGACACACCACAACACCCAUACUACCAAGACGAGCCAGAUGAUCGACCUAUACUACACCCAGGCGCAUCGUAUGGCCCAGAUCCGCAUCAAGUCGCACCACCCACGCCAGAUCCGGGAGACAUGGAGGCAGGCUACAACGAUCCUCCUCCACCACCUGCGAACGCAGCGAUCAGGAGAUGGAAGACAGUCAAGGAGGUGCAACUGUUCAAUGGCAACUUGGUGCUGGAUUGUCCAAUUCCACCUCGGCUGUUGAAUCAGGUACAGCACGCUCAGCCGCCAGAAAGAGAUGAGUUCACACACAUGCGGUAUAGUGCUGCGACCUGCGACCCAAGCGAGUUCUACGAAAAGCGCUUUACCCUGCGACAACGGUUGUUCGCCAAGCCUCGUCAGACGGAGUUGUUUAUUGUUAUCACCAUGUACAACGAAGAGGACGAGCUUCUUGCGCGAACACUGAUGGGUGUGAUCAAGAACAUCGAAUACAUGAACUCACGGACAUCGUCCAAGACCUGGGGGAAGGAGGCCUGGAAGAAGAUCGUGGUGUGCAUUGUGUCUGAUGGACGUGCCAAGAUCAAUCCCAGAACCCGUGCUGUGCUCGCUGCCAUGGGUGUGUACCAGGAUGGCAUUGCGAAGCAGCAAGUUAACGGUGAGGAUGUCACGGCCCACAUCUACGAAUACACCACGCAGAUGACCCUGGAGAUCAAGAAGGGCAUUGUACAGGUGAAGAAAGGAAACACGCCCGUUCAAAUCCUCUUCUGCUUGAAAGAAAAGAACCAGAAGAAGAUCAAUUCCCACAGAUGGUUCUUCCAAGCGUUCGGCGAAGUGCUGAAUCCCAACAUCUGCGUACUGAUCGAUGCCGGAACACGGCCGGGACGACAAAGUGUGUACGAUCUCUGGAAGGCCUUCGACAGAGAGCCCAUGUGCGCCGGUGCCUGUGGUGAGAUCAAGGCUAUGCUUGAGCACGGCAAGAACUUGAUCAAUCCUUUGGUGGCAGCACAGAACUUCGAGUACAAGAUGAGCAACAUCCUCGACAAGCCACUCGAGAGUGCGUUCGGCUUCAUCACAGUCCUACCCGGAGCUUUCUCAGCAUACCGCUUUGUGGCUCUCCAGAACGACAAGGCUGGCAACGGACCUCUUGAGAAGUACUUCGCUGGAGAGAAGAUGCACGGCGCCAACGCUGGUAUCUUCACUGCCAAUAUGUACCUCGCAGAGGAUCGAAUUCUUUGCUGGGAGCUCGUUAGCAAGCGAAAUUGCUCGUGGAUCCUCCAGUACGUCAAAUCUGCUACUGGAGAGACGGACGUACCUACCGAGAUGGCAGACUUCAUUCUGCAGAGGAGAAGAUGGCUCAACGGCUCUUUCUUCGCUGCAGUCUACGCUCUGUCGCAUUUCUAUCAGCUCUGGCGCAGUCAUCAUUCGGUGCUGCGAAAGUUCUUUCUCUGUAUCGAGUUCCUCUAUCAGCUUGUGAACAUGCUGUUCGCUUGGUUUGCUAUCGGUAACUUUUUCCUCGUCUUCAGGAUUCUGACUUCCUCCCUCUCGGACAAAUCUCUCCUCGGCACAGCUGGUCUGGUUCUCUCUAUAGCCUUCGAAUGGGUAUACCUCGCCAUCUUGCUCACAUGCUUCGUACUGGCUCUGGGCAACCGACCGCAAGGUAGCAACAAGUUCUACAUGGCACAAGUGUACUUCUGGGCGAUCAUCAUGGCCUAUCUGCUCUUCGCGUCGAUCUUCAUCACCGUGAAGUCGGUGCAAGCGCAAGUCAAGGAGCACAACGGCUUCGACUUUGCCAUGCUCUUCACCAACAAGCUUUUCUUCACGUUGAUUAUUUCUCUGGCUUCGACUUACAUCCUGUACCUGGUGGCAUCGAUACUGUUCCUGGAUCCUUGGCACAUGUUUACUUCGUUCAUACAGUACUUGCUACUCACGCCAACCUACCUCAACAUCCUGAACGUGUAUGCCUUCUGCAACACUCACGACAUCACAUGGGGAACAAAGGGAGACGACAAACCAGAGAAGCUGCCUGCUGCAAAUCUCAAGCCUGGUGGCAAGGUAGACGUGGCAAUACCGACAGACGAUGCAGAUCUCAACACGCAGUACGAGCAAGAACUUCGUGCUUUUAGCAGCAAGUACGAAACGCCGAAGAAGGUCAUUACACCGGAUCAGAAGCACGAGGACUACUACAAGGGAUUCAGAUCGGCAGUCGUGCUCGCCUGGAUGUUCUGCAACCUGGCCUUGGCAGCUGUCGUGCUGAACACCGCAGGUCUGGACCGCGUCAACGUCAGCGACGUCAACAGUCAGACCGAGUCGGAACGUGCCACCAUCUAUAUGGCCGUCGUGCUGUACUCUGUGGCAGGACUGGCAGCCGUCAGGUUUAUUGGGUGCUGCUGGUUCUUGGUUAUCAGAAUUUUCAGGGGUGUAUAA